CCCGCUGGCCAAUUGGAGGGGGUUUGGAUUGUGACGUGAUGGGAUUCUGCGAAAUUGUUACUGAGCAAGAGAAUGCCGGAACGGUGCGGACCGGCCAGAGCAGGGGCUCAGAAGGCGUCCGCGGACUGGGGGAAAAGUGUCUCUUAGACCCCGCGCUCGGUCCGGCCCUUGCCGCGCGCGCCCGGGUGGUCGGCUGAAUGUCCCGCGGCUUCGGUUCGACGGAGAGGCGGCCGAGGGCGUGUACCUCUCUUGCAGUUUCCUCUCCCAGCGCCUCGGGGGCGUUUUCAAGCGCAUAAACUUGCGGCCGCCACGUGUGGCACCUUUCCAAGGGAGCCGGCUCGGAGCGGCCGGCGCGCCCGUCGAGGGGAUCGCGCCGGGCGCGGGGCGCGGGCGGCGGCGAGCGAGCGGCGGCAGCGCGGCGGAGCCCGGGGCCGUGGAUGCUGCGUGCGGAGGCGCUGCCGGUUACGUAAAGAUGAGGGGCUGAGGUCGCCUCGCGCUCCUGCGAGUCGGAAGCGCCCCGCGCCCCCGCCCCCUUGGCCGCCGCGCCGCGCCGCGCUCGUCGUCCGAGGCCAGGGCAGGGCGAGCCGAACCUCCGCAGCCACCGCCAAGUUCGGCCGCGCCGCCGGGGCUGCUGUCGCCCGCACCAUGUCCGCGGCCGCCUACAUGGACUUCGUGGCUGCCCAGUGUCUGGUUUCCAUUUCGAACCGCGCUGCGGUGCCGGAGCAUGGGGGCGCUCCGGACGCCGAGCGACUGCGACUACCUGAGCGCGAGGUGACCAAGGAGCACGGUGACCCGGGGGACACCUGGAAGGAUUACUGCACGCUGGUCACCAUCGCCAAGAGCUUGUUGGACCUGAACAAGUACCGACCCAUCCAGACCCCCUCGGUGUGCAGCGACAGUCUGGAGAGUCCGGAUGAGGAUAUGGGAUCCGACAGCGACGUGACCACCGAAUCUGGGUCGAGUCCUUCUCACAGCCCGGAGGAGAGACAGGAUCCUGGCAGCGCGCCCAGCCCGCUCUCCCUCCUCCACCCUGGAGUGGCUGCGAAGGGGAAACACGCCUCCGAAAAGAGGCACAAGUGCCCCUACAGUGGCUGUGGGAAAGUCUAUGGAAAAUCCUCCCAUCUCAAAGCCCAUUACAGAGUGCAUACAGGUGAGCGGCCCUUCCCCUGCACGUGGCCAGACUGCCUUAAAAAGUUCUCGCGCUCGGACGAGCUGACGCGCCACUACCGGACGCACACGGGCGAGAAGCAGUUCCGCUGUCCCCUGUGCGAGAAGCGCUUCAUGAGGAGCGACCACCUCACCAAGCACGCCCGGCGCCACACCGAGUUCCACCCCAGUAUGAUCAAGCGCUCCAAAAAGGCGCUGGCCAACCCCUUGUGAGGGCCGGGCGCGCCCGCCGGACAGGACUGUCACCUCCCCUCCCCCCAGCACCCUCCCAACCCCGCCACCACCACCCCCCCCCUUCCACCCCGGGA